GGCUGAGGGCAUGGGCGGCCCCGGGCGGCCCUUCGCGCUUCCCCGGCCCCUCCAGUCGGCCUUUGCCGUGCUAUGCACGAGCUUCCUGCUCCCCCGGCUCGGCCGUGCAGUCCCAGCCACCGCCCGAGGCGCUGAGGGACGCCGGUCUCCCCUCACACCGGGCCGCAGGCGGCGCGGAUCCGGCCCUUGGGCCUGCGGCUGGGAUCCUCUGGCAGAGGGCCACCACCAGCCUGACUGCUAGCAGCAGUUUUUUAUCAGAACGAGAACAUGGGGGACGUGACACCAGCAGAGGAGACUGAGCUCAGGGCUGCUUGCUGCCAGCUGUUUGAAUCCAGCAUGAGGAAUGAAGCAAGAAGACUGAGGACUUUUCAGCAAUGGCCAAGCACCUCACCUGUGUCUGCCCGAGAUUUGGUCAAGGCUGGCUUUUUCUUUGUGGGUCCAAGAGAUGAAGUACAGUGUUUCUGCUGCGGUGGUGUCCUGAAGGACUGGGGACCUGGUGAUUGCCCAGUACUAGAGCACUUGAAGUUCUUCCCUUCCUGUAAAUUCAUUGGUGGUGAGGAUGUUGGGAACCAAGAGAUGCUUCCUCUUCAGGAAAUCUUUGACACUGUGGAUGGGCAGUUCCUCAGUCUUUUGCAGGGGAUAGACAGUGAAGACACAGCCCUGCCCAACGAACCAGAAUACCCAGAGAUGGUAACAGAGGAGAUGAGACUAUCUACUUUUCGAAACUGGCCACGAUAUACUGACAUGCGUCCUGAGCAACUGGCUAGAGCUGGAUUCUUUUACACAGGGCAAGAUGAUGUAGUGAGGUGUUUUUACUGUGAUGGAGGUGUGAGAAACUGGUCGUUCAGUGAUGAUCCUUGGAGGGAACAUGCCAAAUGGUAUCCAGGGUGUGAAUUUUUAUUGCGGUCAAGGGGAAGAGAAUUCAUUAGCAGUGUUCAGGAGUCCUUUUCUAGCACCCUGCUAUCUCCGAGAGAUUCCUGGGAUCAGACUGAACAAGAUUCUUCUGCUUCCCAAGAUGCUGUUCAGAGAGAGACUGAAACAUCAAGAGAAGAAAUGCAAUCGGUGCAACAAAAGGAAUCAGAUGAGUCUCGGAUGAGCACAGAAGAACAGCUCCGACGCCUGCAAGAGGAAAGGAUGUGCAAAGUGUGCAUGGACAGAGAUGUGUCUGUUGUGUUUGUUCCUUGUGGCCACCUGGUAGCUUGUGGAGAAUGUGCCCUCAAUUUGAGAUUGUGUCCUGUUUGCAGAGCAGUUAUCCAGGGAAGUGUGAGGACUUUCAUGUCCUGAACCUUGAUGUGCCCAAGGGGAAAAAUAAGUUUAUACAACUCACUCAUAGCGCAGCUGAGGAAGAAAAUAAGUAAAUAGUUUGAUGCUGGAGCAAUCUUAUUUGCAGAGUAGUUUGGCAUAAGCAUAAAAACUUACUAAGUGUGCCUCCUGUGCACAGUGUUUCUAGUAAGAGUUGCUGGUUUGCUGUACUCUUGCUGAUCUUGCUGUAGGACUGCUCCAGAAAAACUCUGCUGGUUUCUUUUGUCCUCCAAAAAGAAGUUCUGUUGACAGAGAUUGUCCUUCUCCAAAUUCUUGCAUUCUCAAAUGAAUCCCUCCUUUGUGUUGAAAUCAAAGGCUGUUUUCAGUAGACUGUUCCCGAUUCUCUUUCACUCAUUUAGUGGUUGUUUAGAGACUAUUCUGCUAGGGUUGAUGGCUUUCUUCAGUAAGUCUGAAUCAAAAUGGGAGUAUUAUUAUAUAAAAUGCAUUCCGUUGAGACUAGAAUACUCAGCAGCAAUGUAUUGUGGGGGAGGGAGAGUCUAACUUUUUCUUCUGAUCUCUUUGCUGUCUUCCCCUCCACCCCAGUUGAAUUUUUAACAAUUGACAAAAUGUUUCAGUAAUACUCUAAUACGCAUAACUAAGUGAAAAGCCUGGCCUGUAGUAGACCCUCCAAGCUCUUUACUUUCAGCUGACCUCCCCAGACAGAAAGGGAAAGGCUCUUUUGAUAGUCAGGGUCACUAGAUGAUCUCCUGGAAGUUUCUUAUGGAGCCUCUUCCCUGGCUGUUUGGUACUAUUCUAUUAGAACAUAAUUAUGGAAACUUACCUCUUCAGGACUUCUGUUUUCUGGCUGAACUGAUGAUUCUUAUUUUAAACGGAACAUUCUGUCAUAUAGCCAAAAAGACAAAAGUUUUGUCCAUACUAUAGCUUGUUAACUGCAGGGGAAAGGAAGUAUGUUUUUUAAACUAACUGUUUUUAUCAUGGAAUAAAAGGUUUUUCUUUAUCUUACAGAGGCCUGAGUAUCUGAUUCUAGUAGAAUGCCCUACUGGGGGAGGUGGUGUCCUAAAAUGUUAGUGGCAUCAGGUUGUAGAUCACUUGAAUGUCUGUCCUUCAGUACUACAUGGACAUGAGUGAGAGAUGCAACUGUUCUUACCAUCCAUUAGCUUCCUUUGGAAGUCACAAGACAGCACAUGGGCCCUCCAGACUCCGUUAGCUGCAAAAGAAGGGGUAAGGAUGCAGGAGGGUAAGGACCUGAUACAUGAAGCUGUGUAAGCGGGGUAUAAUUCUGCAGCUGAACUCCAUGCAGAGUUUUGGUACGUGGCUCUUAAACACACCUGUGGAGACUGGAAUACUGACUCUGGACUUGCUUCUGUUUGGUUCCAGCCCUGGAUACUAAACAGGGUUACAGGCUUUUCUCUGAGUAACUUUGUGAUGUCAGUUAUCCCGUCACCAUGUGGGAGGGCAGAUUUCUUCAUCCUUGCUUCAGAAGAAGGUAAUAUUAACGCAGCUCUUGAGAAAGAUGAGAGAAAUUACUAGUUGAACAGUUUAAACUCUCCAGCUCUUGGAGGAAUUCUUGGGUCUUUUUAAGACAGCAGCUUUCGUAGGGAACAGAAUUGCACCACCAUGCCAAACUAGGUGUUGUGUCUGGGUUCAAGCUAUCGUUGGCUUUAUUUUGCUUGUGUAAAUAACAGCAAAAGCGUACUGUUUCAGUAGAUUUGCUAAUCUGAGAAGGGGAAACAAAAGCCAGUUCAGUGUUGGAAUAGUGUUAUUUCCUCCUAAACUUCGGCUCUGUGUGGCUGUGUUGCUAGCCUGAGCAGCAACAGGGCUACAAGGCAGUAAACGUAACAGCUAUUUCUGGGGCUUCUUUUAUUUAACGCUUUGAAAAUUGUGGCUUUUCCACAUCUGGCCAUUUUCUAUGGGAGAAUGUCCCUUCAGAAACAAGUACAUGUUGUUGGGUUUUGUUUUUUUUUUUUUUGACUAGCAGGAUCUCAAGUGAUGCCUAGCCCCAACAGAGGGCACUCCUAACCUGGCGAUAAGGGAAACCACUCGAGCAAAGCCUUCAGCUGCUCCUUACUCUCACAGCAUGCUGGAGAUGCAAAGGACUGGGAGUCCCUGCCCUAACAGAACAGGCCAUUGUGUGACCUUGCAGUACUUAAGAGUAGGUCUAGCAGAAGCAGACCAGGUGGAAGGGUUGUCAGAGUAUGAAUGGUUCUGCUAAUAAAAACUAGAGGAGUUAAUUAAGCGUGGAAUAUGAUCCUUGGUACCUUGUCUGUCUGUCUGUCUUCUCAGGCUGAUUUUGAGGAUUUAUGUCAGUCAUUGAUGCUAAAUAUUAUUUAUUUAAUUGAUCUUUACCAUUGUGUGUUAAAGUCAAGAGGCAUGCUGUUAAGUGCAUAGUUUGAUUAGUCUAAUCUUUAGAGUACUUGGCAAGUGUUUUUGCCAAGUUCUAUUAGUAAAUGUGGCUUGGUCAGUUUGAGAAGUAUAGCGUUAAAAACAUGAAGACCUCAAAAUAAUUCAGAAAGUUCCUUCUGACUUCAUACUACCAUCUAGAAGAAUUCCUUCUGAAACUACUAGUGAAAUGGUUCAGCUGUUCAAAGCUGAAACUGUCCUUUCUCUACCAUCUGUGCUGAGUUUUGGUUGUUCUCAAUCAAGGCCAAUAAAGAAUGCUGGUAUCUCAUGGACAACAUUUCUCUCUGAGGAAAAAAAAUCGUAUUAACCCAAGAAGUGUAAAGGCAGUGUUUUCUGAUGAGGAAAGGGAAGAUUAAUUUCAAAAGCCCCAAAUAAAUGAAAUCUUUCAUGGAACAAUCUAAUUGCCUAGAGGAUACAUAUUCUUCCAUUCCUUGGUUUUUUUUUUUUUUUCUCCUCCUGCCCCUCCAGGGAACAUCAUGUGAGCAAGUAGGAAUGAGUGUAAUACAGAAAUGAACUGAAUCAAAGAGGAGGUGGAGAAAGUGCUGAGUGAUAGUGUAUGCACACUGCUACGCAUGCUUUCUAAACGGUGUAGCUUGUGUGCCGCUAUGAUAUUUUUUUAACUUGUAGUGGCACAGUACUGACUAAUAUGGGAGUUAUUUAUGUUUUGUCGGGCAGAGCUGUUUUAAAGAGGGUUGAGCUUUUUCUUCCUCAAGUGAUGAAACUAGUAUCAACCAGCAA